AAAAUUUGAAAAGAAAAUGCAAAAGAAAGUAGAUGUCGUUUUGUAGGAACACUUUGAUAUCUUCGAAGGCGCCCGCCCUUUGUUGUUCGCUUUUUUUUAGUGUUAAAAUACACAAUAAACGCCGCCGUUAUUCACUUCAACAGAGAGCGAACUAGCCGGAAAAAAAUGUAUACCAACUCCGGCCACAUUAACGGCUUUCACGACGGCAGCUCCUCCUCUUCGAGAAGCGUCCUGGAACCGUUCAAAAGGUCGGCCUCGCCGGGGAAGAGGUAGCCGGCCAUCCAGUGGCGGCGGAAUGAGGGUUUCUGAAGACAAGCAGCCGACACAAGUGGAGGGACCUCCUUGUACUGACUUCGACAUGGCUACUUCCAGUCCUACUCCCACGUUGGUAUUCACGAAGAAAUGAUCAAGGAUAGUGUACGGACGGAAACAUAUAGGGCGGCAAUCAUGCAACAUCAGAGUUCUAUUGCUGGCAAAGUUGUAAUGGAUGUUGGCUGUGGCACUGGAAUUCUCUCCAUAUUUUGUGCUCAGGCUGGUGCAAGGCGGGUUUAUGCAGUUGAUGCAAGUGACAUAGCAGUGCAGGCCUCAGAAGUUGUUAAGGCUAACAAUUUAUCGACACAAUCAUUGUAUUGCACAGUAGAGUUGAGGAUGUUCAAAUUGAUGAGGGUGUGGAUGUUAUCAUUUCUGAGUGGAUGGGAUAUAUGCUUUUAUACGAGAGCAUGCUUGGAAGUAUAAUUUACGCUAGAGAUCGGUGGUUAAAACGUGAAGGCCUGAUACUACCAUCAAAUGCAACAGUAUCUUGCUUUUCUUAUAUUUUCUUCAGUUUUUAUCUGUUGUGUAACACUGGUGGCAAAUUUUCUCCCUUUGUGGCUUUUACUUUCAUUGAGUUAUACUAUGUGUUAGAAAUAGUGAACUUGGGUAAUUGUUGAAAGCCUAAGGGUAGUUGAGAUUUACUUUGCUCUAAUUUUUUAUUAUUUUAAUUAGACUCGUGUUGCCUAUAAA